CUCCAACAUCUUCACACCCUCUCACAAACUACUAUCCUUCUGACCUUCUCUUCCAUUUUGUUCAAAGAAAUGGCAACCUCUGCAAUCCAACAGUCGGCAUUCGGGGGCCAAGCGACAUUGAAGCCGCAAAACGAGCUUGUCAAGAAGACCGGCAGCUUCAAUGGAGGCCGCUUCACCAUGCGCCGCACCGUCAAGAGUGCCCCACAAAGCAUUUGGUAUGGCCCGGACCGCCCAAAGUACUUAGGCCCGUUCUCGGAGCAAACUCCAUCAUACCUAACCGGUGAAUUCCCAGGUGACUACGGGUGGGACACUGCAGGAUUAUCAGCUGACCCCGAAACAUUUGCCAAGAACCGUGAGCUCGAGGUGAUCCACUCUCGAUGGGCCAUGCUUGGUGCACUCGGGUGCGUAUUCCCCGAGGUUCUUUCGAAAAACGGAGUCAAAUUCGGUGAAGCCGUCUGGUUCAAGGCCGGUUCCCAGAUUUUCUCAGAAGGUGGGCUCGACUACCUUGGAAACCCGAACUUGGUCCAUGCUCAGAGCAUUUUAGCCAUCUGGGCAUCACAAGUGGUUCUCAUGGGUCUCAUUGAAGGGUACCGAGUUGGCGGUGGACCACUAGGCGAAGGGCUAGACAAGGUUUAUCCAGGUGGGUCUUUUGACCCACUUGGAUUGGCUGAUGACCCAGAAGCGUUUGCUGAGUUGAAAGUCAAGGAGCUUAAGAACGGUCGAUUAGCUAUGUUUUCGAUGUUUGGGUUCUUUGUUCAAGCCAUUGUAACAGGAAAGGGACCGAUUGAAAACUUGUUUGAUCAUCUUAGUGAUCCAGUAGCUAACAAUGCUUGGGCUUAUGCCACUAACUUUGUACCCGGAAAUUUUGCUCCAUAUACCAACAUCUACAACACACCCUCCUCUUACACACUUUCAUCUUAUCAACAAAUGGCAACUUCUACAAUCCAACACUCAGCAUUCGCCGGUCAGGUGACAUUGAAACCACAAAAUGAGCUCGUUAGGACGACUGGCAGCUUCAAUGGAGGCCGUUUCACCAUGCGACGCACUGUCAAAAGUGCACCACAAAGCAUUUGGUAUGGCCCAGACCGCCCAAAGUACUUGGGUCCGUUUUCUGAGCAAACCCCAUCAUACCUAACUGGUGAAUUCCCAGGUGACUAUGGUUGGGACACUGCAGGGUUAUCAGCUGACCCCGAGACAUUUGCCAAGAACCGUGAGCUCGAGGUGAUCCACUCUCGAUGGGCCAUGCUUGGUGCACUCGGGUGUGUGUUCCCCGAGGUUCUUUCAAAAAAUGGAGUCAAAUUUGGUGAGGCAGUUUGGUUCAAGGCUGGUUCCCAAAUUUUCUCAGAAGGUGGGCUAGACUACCUUGGCAACCCAAACUUGGUCCAUGCCCAGAGCAUUUUAGCCAUCUGGGCUUCUCAGGUUGUCCUUAUGGGACUUAUUGAAGGGUACCGUGUUGGUGGUGGCCCACUUGGUGAAGGGCUAGACAAGGUUUACCCAGGAGGGUCCUUUGACCCACUUGGGUUGGCUGAUGACCCAGAAGCAUUUGCUGAGUUAAAGGUUAAGGAGCUUAAGAAUGGCCGAUUGGCAAUGUUUUCCAUGUUCGGAUUCUUUGUUCAGGCCAUUGUAACAGGAAAAGGCCCGAUCGAGAACCUGUUUGAUCAUCUUAGUGAUCCAGUGGCUAACAACGCUUGGGCUUAUGCUACCAACUUUGUACCUGGAAAAUGAGUUAUAUAUAUGUAAAUUCAGUGAUUAUCAUGCAAUAUUACAAGCUGAAACUGUGUAAUUUUA